GUUUGUGAUAAGAAUGCUCUUAAAAAUUUUAAAAAUAAAAAAAAUAAUAUAUAAAAUAUAAAUGGGAAAACCAUAAAAAAUUAUUAAUAAUUUUAACAUUAUUAUUAUACUUAUAGAAUUUAAAAACUAAAAAAGUUUCUUUCAUACAUUAUAAUUAUUUAAAUAAUUAUAACCUUUUCUGACUUAUGUAAAAAUUAUUCUUGUAAGAAUAUGAUCUAUUAACAAAAAAAAAUGGAACAUAAAAUAUUAAAAAUAUUUAACUCUGGUAAAAUAGUGUACAAUGGAUUUCAAAAGAUUGUAACACAAAAGCGAUUUUUUCUAUCAGAAGCAUAUCAAUGUGAAGAAGCAUGGAAAAAUCGAUUACAAUCUCCAUUGUUACAAAAAUUUAAACCAAACGAGUUAUUUGUUAUUUUGGACAAUAAAUUCCAUAUUGAUAAAAAAAUUAAUGCAGUAGAUAUGGAUAUAUUUGCAAAUAGCCUAGAUAAAGAAAAUCAAGUAGAAGAAUUGUUGAAUCUACUUCAAAAAUUCAGGAGAAGUGCAGAAACAUCGAAUAUAUUAGAUUCAACACAUCAUGCUGUUAUAAGAUAUUUAUUAGAUAAUAAUUAUACUGAAGAACUUAUGGAUGUAUUACACAAUAGACUUAAUUAUGGUAUUUUUCCUGAUUAUGUCACUUAUAACAUACUCAUGGAUACAUACAUAAAAAAUCAAGAUUAUGCCAAUGCUGCAAAAGUUGCUAUUUUACCUAUGUUACAAGAAGAGUCUGAACAUUUAAUAACCAAUGCAUUAUCUAUAUAUGCUUGUCACAAAUAUUUAGAAAAUCCAAAUAAAUGGCAAAAACCACCAGAACCUGUAGAAGAUACUAAAGAAGAAAUUAAAAUACGUGUACCUUAUCUUAGAAAUCCUUUUUUUGAUGACCAUUUUGAUCUUACUGAUCCAUAUGAUUUAGUUGGAAAAACAUUAGCUUUUCAAGGACAAUUUAUGAAUAAUGAGUUAGGAAGAACAUGUCAAUUAAGAGGUUUAAUAUUAUAUAAAAAAUAUCAAGAUGCAUUAAAAUUAAUAAAACAAUGGAUAAAUGAAAUUAAAGGAAAUAUUGUUUACAAAGAAGUUUUUGAUUUGAUUGAAAAAGACAACAAAAAUAUAUUCCAAAAACAAGAUGAAUUUCCAAUAACAGAUGAAUUUAAAAUUUUAAUGUCAGAACUUAAUUUGAUAAAAGAAAAAAAUUUGUGUACAGAUAAUUUAAUUAAUGUAUUAGAAAAUAAUAUCAAAUCUGCAAUUGAAAAACAGCAUGAUAUUGAUAUAAAUGAACAAAUGCAGAAAUAUGUAGAAUGGGAAAAACAGAGACAAUUAGCAUUAGAUAAACAAAUAGAAGAAAUAAAUCGAACAGCUAAAAAAGAAGAAAUAGAGAAAUUAAAAGAAGAAAUGAAAAAACAAGAACGAUUUUUGACUUUCUUUGAAAAUGAAGAAGAUAUAGAAUUGAAAAUAGAGAAAAUAGAAGAACGCGAAAAGAAAAAUAUGGAACGUGUUCUUAAAAUGCCUUAUGCUAAGAAGAAACUGAAGAAAUUAGAAGAAGAAAAAGAAUAUACACCGCCCAUGAUUUAAAGUUAAAGAAAGCAAUUUUUGAUAUAUCUAUAAUUGUUAUAAAUAAUAAAUGUAUAAUUAAUAUAUUA